CGAGUGACUCUGGAUUGAGUCCAUCGCCUGCAGCUGGAGGCUUCAAGUUGGCGAGGGACUCCUACUUCACGCCAGCACCCUGCGCUGGACUGAUCACUGCUUGGACAAACGUAUCCUGCUGGUAGACGUACACAAUGUCUUCCGAAGAGAGUCCCCUGCUGGGGCAUACCAUAUCCGCUGCAGCAGACGAAGCGGCCUACGAAGAAGAGCUGCAAGAUGAUGUGUACAACCGCUUCACGAAGAACCAAAAACGCAUGAUCGUCGCGGUCGUCUCUUGGACGGCGUUGAUCCCUCUCUUCGUCUCCGAGUCUUUCGUACCUACCGUACCCGCCGUCGCAAAAGAGUUCAACUCGACCGGAGAGAUCAUCAAUCUCGCCGUGACCUUCUCCAUGGCGUCAGCCGCAAUCACGAGCAUAAUUUGGGCGACAUAUUCAGGAUUUUACGGUCGCAGGCCUAUAUACCUAGCCUGCCUGCCAUGCUUCUGCAUCGGCUCAUUAGGCGUAGCGUGGUGCAACUCAGUGCCAUCGCUCAUGCUUUGGCGUGUACUACAAGCAGCAGGCACGGCGAGCGGGAUAUCCGUCGGUGCCGGUGUGCUUGGCGACAUUUACAAAGUCGAAGAGCGGGGUACUGCCAUAGGCCUCUUUAUGGGUGCAUCGCUGCUAGGUGCGGCUUUCGCGCCUCUCGCAGGAGGGAUAGCGACGCAUUACGCGUCGUGGCGGGUGAUGCAAUACGCGCUCUUCCUCGCGGGAGUGAUUGCCCUCCUGUUGACGUUCGCGUACCUCCCUGAGACGAGCCACCCCGGUACCCUGGGCAUUGACAAGCUCUACGAGCGUGGAGAGCUCGAACGCGGAAAGUUCAAAUGGGUCUGGCUGAACCCCUUCCGCAGUCUGGCACUGCUGAAGAGCCCGAACCUUGUUCUGAUCACGUUUGCUUCGAUAGCGGGGCUCAUGACGGAUUUCACGCUGUUGAUUCCGCUGCCUUACACUAUCGGCGAGCGAUACAAUAUCGACAACGAAGCCCUCGUAGGAGCAUGCUUCAUAGCCCUCGGGUUGGGCAACAUCCUUGGCGCACCCCUGGCUGGACGGCUCUCCGACAAGACUGUCAUUAAAUGGCGCAAACGGCGCGGCGGCGAGUGGGUCCCAGAGGACAGGCUGCGCGCUGGCUUACCCGCGUUCGCAAUCCUUGUGCCGCUCUCUGUCCUCCUCUUCGGUUUUACGGCGCAGUACGUUGAUGGCACACUGGGCAUUGUGCUGAACUUGCUGUGGCUGUUCAUGAAUGGCAUUGGCGUCGACUUGUCUCUGAGUCCAGUGAAUACCUAUCUGGUCGACAUCGGCCGCUCGCGUAGUGCAGAACUCAUGGCCGUCCAGAAGGCAACUCGAAACCUCGUCGUUGGGAUUGCCACCUCAGGCAUUCUUCCCCUGAUUAACCGCUUGAGUAUAUCUUUCACGAACGCCCUUGCAGCAAUUAUUGCCCUCCUCGGUUUCUGUUGUUUGUGGGUUACAGUUCGGUACGGGCAACACAUGCGAACAUGGGUCGAUGUCGGAUCGCCGGAGAGCUAGCUAAUAGAGCCAGAAUGACGGAUCGCUCGAUCGCUGAUAUGCAACGCUAGCUGCGGAUCCAACUGUCAUUGAUUCAUUGGUGUCCAGCAUCAUGUCUACCUGUUUGCCCAUCCUUCCCACCCCCGAGUUAUUCCUAUUCCAGUAACACAACGACGUCCCGAACACUGAGAUCGUAUAUAUCUCACGACUAGACCCUAGAUAGACUUUGAGCGCUGAGGGUAUAGUAUCCAGUGACGUACAUCGCAGGCCUUCGCAGGCA